CAUCCCGCCCGCUCACUUUCCUGGCAGGUUUCUUUCCCGGCGGCGGCGAACUCUGAGGGAGGCGAGGCGAGGCAUCCCCCCGGUGGUGCCGGCGCUCGCCCCGGACUCCUCGCUGCCCAGAGGCGACGGCGUGGGGCACGGGCCCCCUGGGCGAGCGGCGAGAGGGUUCUGCAGCAUGAGCAGCAGCAGAGUCGCCCGGAGAACUGCAGCGGAGACGGGGCUGGCGGCGCAGCUCCUGCUGGCGGGGCUGACUCUGGGCUGCCUCGGGGGUGCGAUAGAGGCCCAGCUAACAGGUGUACUUGAUGACUGCUUGUGUGACAUAGAAAGUAUUGAUGAAUUCAACAAUUUUAAGAUCUUCCCCAAAAUACAGAAACUUCAAGAACGGGACUAUUUCAGAUAUUACAAGGUUAAUCUGAAGAGACCAUGUCCUUUUUGGGCUGAUGAUGGCCAUUGCUCUAUCAGAGAUUGCCAUGUAGAGCCUUGUCCUGAGAGUAAAGUACCAGUUGGAAUUAAAGCUGGAAGUGCUAACAAAUAUUCAAAGACAGCAAACCAUACCAAAGAACUUGAAGACUGUGAACAGGCUAACAAACUUGGAGCAAUUAAUAGUACAUUAAGCAACCAAACUAAAGAGGCUUUCAUUGACUGGGCCAGAUAUGAUGAUUCACAGGACCAUUUUUGUGAACUUGAUGAUGAAAGAUCUCCUGAUGCUCAGUAUGUGGAUUUGCUGCUGAAUCCAGAGCGUUACACUGGAUACAAAGGGUCCUCUGCAUGGAGAGUAUGGAACAGUAUCUAUGAAGAGAAUUGCUUCAAACCGCGAUCAGUGUAUCGUCCGCUAAAUCCACUGGCACCAAGCAAGGGAGAGGAUGAUGGAGAAUCUUUCUAUACAUGGCUAGAAGGCCUUUGUCUUGAGAAACGUGUGUUCUAUAAGCUUAUAUCUGGACUUCAUGCUAGUAUCAACUUACAUCUUUGUGCAAAUUAUCUACUAGAAGAAACUUGGGGGAGACCUCGUUGGGGACCCAAUGUCAAGGAAUUCAGCCUUCGCUUUGACCCUACUGAAACAAAAAGCGAAGGUCCAAGACGGCUUAAAAAUUUAUAUUUCUUAUAUUUGGUGGAACUGCGUGCAUUAUCAAAAGUUGCAUCAUACUUUGAGCGUUCAAUUGUAGACCUUUACACUGGAAAUUCCCAAGAGGAUACAGGAACCAAGUCCCUCUUGUUAGAAAUCUUCAAAGACACAAAGUCCUUCCCUAUGCACUUCGAUGAAAAGUCUAUGUUUGCUGGAGACAAAAAAGGGGCCAAAUCUUUAAAGGAAGAAUUCAGGUUACACUUCAAGAACAUAUCUCGCAUAAUGGAUUGUGUUGGAUGUGAUAAAUGCAGGUUGUGGGGGAAAUUGCAGACUCAGGGUUUAGGAACUGCUUUGAAGAUCUUAUUCUCUGAAAAAGAAAUAAAGAACCUUCCUGAGAACAGUCCAUCAAAAGGUUUUCAACUUACACGACAAGAAAUAGUUGCUCUCUUAAAUGCAUUUGGAAGACUUUCUACAAGUAUACGAGAACUGCAGAAUUUCAAAGUUUUAUUACAACAGAGAAGUUAACGAAGACUUUUGUAUCUAUUGGUAGAAGCAACCAUUAAUUUGACACCAUGCAGAACGAAGCCACUUUGUACAAACUGUUCUAGAGGAAAAUAAAAUCUAAUAACAACUUGAAUAUUUAAAGUAGAAAAGGUUAGUCAUUGGACAAGAUAUUUAUGAAUGAAGUACCUAAUUUUAAACAUAUAAAUUAUGUUCAUUUCCUCUAUUCUUCUUCUCUUUGUACAAUUCUUGUACCAUCAUUUGAUAUGAACUUUAAUUGUUUCUCUCUUCUAUUCAGAGACUCUUGCAUUACAUCAAAUUGCAGUAAUUUCAUCCAGACUGCAUUGUCCAUGUGGGAAAAACCUUGCAGUGCUUCCUAAAAAUAGCUGCUGGUGAUAAUUUAAUCUUUUAUAUUUAUUGGAAGGACCGGGUGCUGUUAAACAAAACCUUUUCUUCAUUAGUUCUAUAUAUUUGACUUGUUUGUCAUUAAAAGGGCCAGUAAGGAUUUCAGUAAAAUAAGCCCCUUGGCAUCCAGGGGAGACCAUCUUUCUUUCAUGUUCACAUUUUAUGUUAUUUUUGCACUUGCUUAACUGCUCCCUCCUUAGCUUUCGCUUUCUUUAUAUUACAGCUGCCUUCUCUAUGAGGAGACAAGAUUUAAUUAAAAACCCUACUCCACAGUCACUUACUCUUGUUAUGCGUGUCUGCUGAAGGGGUCUUUAGAGUUACAUACUGCUAGCUUGAAAUACUUUGCUCAAGCCUACCAUUGGCUCUCCAGUGUGUAGCCAAUUUCUCUCUCUACUUAUAUAGAGUGGAACAUUUAAAAUAUCUCACUUUUAGUCUUUGAAAAAUGCUGCGAAUUUCCCUUAUUUUGAUUGUCUUAUAAUUCAAGUACUAUAGGGAGAAUAAAAGCAAAUGACACCUUUCACAGACACAUCUUAAAAAAGAUGUUAAUUUUUGGAACUCAGUACUGCAUAUCCUACCUAUGCAAUCUCCAAACAUAGCUUAUAAAUGAUAUACGAUGUCUGUAAUAAAACAAGUAUACUCUGAAGAAAUGUGAUUCUCAGCCAUUAUCUACAAAGGGGAAUUUAAUUUUGUCACCACAGAACAAUAGCAGACAACGGAUAAGUUUUUAAAAUUUUUAAAUCUGCAGUAGGAGAAUUUCUGUAAAUUGUGACUGAGCAGCUUACUUGAAGGCUGUCUGUAAUGUAAUAUUUGUACUUAGUGAGGGAUGUUGGAGUACAGCAUGAAUGUCAAUGUUGGUACAAUAUACAGAUUUGUACAUACUAUGUUUUGCUUUGAUAAGUAAAACAGUCUUUACAAAAUGAAUUAAAAGUGCUCUUAAACCCU